GGUCAUUUCUGCUCGUAAUUAUAAAAAUAGAAAUGGGAGCUAGGAGUUGAGAAAAUUUUUUAUCAAGUAGUAGUUUAAGUGAUGAAAGAUGUGAUAAAAAGUGUUUUUAGUCCCUGUCAUAACUAUUUUUGAGAGAUUUUUACUUAAUUUUUAAGAUUUUUUCAUAAAAGAAUGGUUUAGUUAUGAACCAAAUUCCGUGAUCCCUUCGAGUUCGAAUUGAGCACAGUGAUCUGUUGUCAUGAGUGUGCCUGAACUUCUAGGAUGUGCAAUUUUAAAUGUUUUGUAAAUUUUUAUUAUAAAAAAUAUAUAGUUUAAAUUUUAAUAUGGUGUGAUUUGGUUGUCCAAGUCUCAAAUAUGGCUCAAGAAACCGAUGAAAUUAACUUGACACCACAAGAGUUACAGGUGCUAUCAGAACUUGACAGCCGCCAGUUCGGGUUUUUAAAAUUGAACUCUCCAGAACAAGCCAAGAAGAAGGAGCUCGUUGUCAAGGCUGUCAAGUACCUGGAGCGCAUGCUGAUUCAGGCUCAAAAUGAGAAAGAAAGAAGUAAACAAUUGAAAAAAGAUGAAGAAAGUGCCAAAGCGGAAAGCCCAGAUUCCAGUGUCAAGGAGAUCAACAUCGAUCCCAAGACUUACUGCAAGCUGGGCCAUUUCCACCUACUAUUGGAAGACUAUUCUAAAGCAAUGUCGGCUUACCAGAAGUUCUUCAAUCUGAAAUCGGAUUAUUGGAAAGACGCCAACUUCCUCUAUGGCCAAGGACUCGUCUACUUCCACUUCAAUGCCUUCCAAUGGGCGAUCAAAGCAUUCCAGCAAGUUCUGUACGUUGAGCCGAGCUACUCGCGCGCCAAUGAAGUCCACCUGCGGCUUGGAUUGAUGUUCAAAGUGAACAAUGACUGGGAAUCGGCAUUGAAGCACUUGCAGCUCUCACUCAUCGACACAAGUCCUAGCACUUUUUCUAAACUUGAAAUAAAAUUUCACAUUGCACAUCUCUACGAAGUUCAGGGGAAGUACAAGACUGCGAAGGAUAACUACGAACAGCUUUUGAAAGAAAAAGAACUGCCCACCCAUCUGAAAGCAGACAUUUGCCGACAGUUAGGAUGGAUGUAUCACUGUGUUGAAACUCUGGGUGAGAAGACACAGCGAGAAAGUCUAGCCAUUCACUGCCUGCAAAAGUCGAUCGAAGCUGAUCCGAAGUCCGGCCAGUCACUGUACCUCCUCGGUCGCUGUUACGCCAGCGUCGGCAAGGUUCAUGACGCCUUCAUCGCUUACCGAAACUCGGUAGAAAAGAGUGAAGGAAACGCUGACACAUGGUGCUCAAUAGGAGUACUCUACCAGCAGCAAAGCCAGCCUAUGGAUGCUUUGCAAGCCUACAUCUGUGCUGUACAAUUGGAUAAGAGUCAUAGUGCAGCUUGGACUAAUUUAGGUAUUUUAUACGAGAGCUGCAAUCAACCACGCGAUGCAUAUGCGUGCUACGUGAACGCGACCCGUGGAAGCGACAGUACAAACAACAACAACAAUAACAACAACAACAACAGUAGUAGUAGUGGUCAACUGAGCGGCGGCGCACUGGCUACGCAGGCGCACAAGUUGACGGCGGCCGCCUCUGCCUCCGCCUCCCUCAACCAGGGCAUGAACCCCAACCUCAGCCAGCGCAUCAAGUUCCUGCAGACGCAUCUCGGCAACGCUCCCAUGCCCAGCAUCACUAGCAAGCGACGCCAGCUGCCCUCAAUCGAGGAAGCAUGGAAUCUGCCGAUCUCAGCCGAGAUGUCCUCGCGACAGCAGCAGCAGCAACAACAACAACAACAACAGCAGCAGCAACAACAGCAGCAACAGCAGCAGAAUGCUAGCCAGCAACGAGCGGGCCAGCAACAGGUCCCUUAUCAAAAAUCGGCCCAGCAGUCUAGCCAACCGCAGCAGCAGCCGACCAGCAACGGGGCACAGGGCCACCAGGGUCCGCCGCCCCCCUACCCGGCGCAGGCAGCAGUCACUGCCAAGCGCUUCAAGCCGGGCGGAGGCGGAGAGGUGAGUCCGCCUCAGAGGCCGGCCGUCGUAGCCGCCCCCACCGCCCCCGCACCACCCGUCUACCUCAACCAACAGCAGCUCCUGCAGUUGCAGUACCUACAGCAGAAUGCCGCCAACCUCACUGUGCAGCAACAGAAUCUGAUGCAACACCUGCAGCAGCAGUAUCGUCUGAUGCAGCAACAUCAACAACAGUUGAGAUUGCAACAACAACAACAACAGCAGCAGCAGCAACAGCAACAACAGGAGCAACAGCAGAGGGUUGCAGCGGGCGUGAGGCAACAACAGCAGGUGACUGUGGCCGGAGGAUUUGUGGCCAACGCGCCUGCCACCCACUAUCAGACCUCUGUCAUCAAAGCCUACCCUCAACAACAGCAACAGGUAAUGCAAGCUGGCUUCAAUUCAGAUGUUCAACAGCCUGGAUUCCAGCAACAGCAACAACAACAACAGCAACAACAACAGCAGCAGCAACAACAACAACAACAACAACCUGCUUUUAAAGCUACACCAGCCACUGCGCCAUACCAAUACCAAUACACUUCACCCUCACAGCCUGGCUACACACAGAUCUCAUCGACGGGUGGUGAGGUGGGCAGCCAGGUGGGCUACGGCGUGACAGCUGGCGACAAGACACCGGCAGCACCCGACCUCGACCAGGAGCUGCAGGCAUUGUUGUCGCAGAAGGACAUUGCCACCUCCCUGGCUGAGGACCUGCUCAAGCACUUUGGCUCGCCCGGCAACCCAGCCGAAGACGAACCACCACACGAUUCCGGUGAACGCCACACUCUGAGCUCGGGACCAUUCUCUCCGUCCAACCUGUCUUCGUCCAACGCCGAUGAGGGCGUCAACCCCUCUCACUCCAACACCGCCACCACACCCUCUCAGUCCGGAUUGAAGACAGAAAGUGAUACUUCAGAAAGACUGAAAAUAGAAGAAGAAGACGUGAAAGACGAGUCGUUGAUGCACGAUUCCCAGUCGGAGAAUGAGUACAGCAUAGAAAUGGAUGCGCAAUCUGUGCUCGACAUGUGCAAAGGCCAAGGCCUGAACGGCGUGUCGACGUGUAGCGUGCUGAGCGACAAGGCGCCUCCCCCCGCCCCUCCCGAGCCCCCCGGUGUGCGCCUGACGCGUGAACAACUUCUGCCCCCCACCCCCAGUGUCUACCUCGAGAACAAGAAGGACGCCUUUAGUCCGCGGCUGCAGGAGUUCUGUCUCAAGCAUCCCAUUGCCGUCGUGCGUGGUCUUGCAGCCGCUCUCAAGCUCGACCUAGGCCUGUUCUCGACGAAGACGCUGGUGGAGGCGAACCCGGACCACACAGUGGAGGUGCGCACGCAGGUGCAGCAGAGCGCCGAUGAGAACUGGGACCAUGUGCUGGGCCGCCGCGGCUGGGCGUGCAUCUCGCAUCGCUCGCACACCACCAUUGCCAAGUACGCGCAGUACCAGGCCUCCUCCUUCCAGGACAGCCUCAAGGAGGAGCGCGACAAGGCCGCCAACAACCCAAGUGUCACCAACCUCUCCGACUCUGAUUCGAAAGACUCAACGGGUGUCGUGCGCAAGAAGAAGACCACCGUCAAUUCGGUGGCGGGUUUGAAGGCGCCACCCGGCUCCAAGAUGCUGCGCUUCGGCACCAAUGUGGACUUGUCGGACGAGCGCAAGUGGCGCUUGCAGCUGCAUGAGCUGGGCAAGCUGCCCGCAUUCGCACGUGUCGUCUCCGCCGGCAACAUGCUCUCGCACGUCGGCCACGUCAUUCUCGGCAUGAACACUGUACAACUCUACAUGAAGGUGCCAGGCAGCCGAACACCGGGCCACCAGGAGAACAACAACUUCUGCUCGAUCAACAUCAACAUCGGGCCGGGCGACUGCGAGUGGUUCGCGGUGCCCGACGCCUACUGGGGCGUCAUCUACAACCUCUGCGAGAAGAACAACCUCAACUACCUGCACGGCUCGUGGUGGCCGGCGCUGGAGGACCUCUACGACGAGAACGUGCCUGUCUACCGGUUCGUGCAGCGGCCGGGUGACCUGGUGUGGGUGAACUCGGGCUGCGUGCACUGGGUCCAGGCCACCGGCUGGUGCAACAACAUCGCCUGGAAUGUGGGGCCCCUUACCGCCCGCCAAUACCAUCUCGCCAUCGAACGCUACCAGUGGAACAAGCUGCAGAGCUUCAAGUCGAUUGUGCCCAUGCUGCAUCUCUCCUGGAACCUCGCGCGCAACAUCAAGGUCUCCGAUCCUAAACUAUUCGAGCUAAUCAAAAAUUGUCUUCUCAGAACCCUGAGACAGUGUGCCCUUAUCUUGGAAUUCGUCAAAUCAAAAGGAGUGGAAGUACGUUUCCACGGCCGCGGCAAAAACGAAGCAUCCCACUAUUGUGGACAAUGCGAGGUAAUUAAUCAACUUGCUAUUUUGAAGGGAAAAUUAGUACCGGUAGUACACUUUCUACAUUACUUGAAAUUUACAUUCUGAAUUGGUUUUAUUGUAUUUCAAUCAACUACUA